AUGACUUUCGCAAAUCUAAUUGAAACAAUUGGUCCCUUACUAAUUAGAAAAGAUGGUGGACCAAGUGUUUUGUGUCCGGAAAAGCAACUUUGCAUUGCUCUAUGGACAUACUGCAAUCAAGAAGUUUAUAGAUCGAUAGCUGAUCGUUUUGGUGUUUGUAAAGACACUGCAUGGAACUGCAUGCUUAGUGUGAGUAAGGUUUUAAACACAGUGUCUGGAGAUUACAUAAGAUGGCCUGCAGCUGAAAAUUUUAAUCAAACGAUUAACAAAUUUUUGAAUGUUGGCCCAUUUCCAAAUGUUUUAGCAGCAGUGGAUGGUUGUCAUGUGGAAAUUAGUGCUCCUUGCACUAAUGCCGCAAGUUACAUAAACCGUAAAGGUUACCAUUCCCUCCUCUUGCAAGGAAUGUGCGACAGCCAGGGAAAGUUUGUUGAUGUUUUUGCUGGUGUCUGUGGUAGCGUACACGACAACCGCCUUUUCGAAAUGAGCCCCAUGGGUCAGCAGCUCAUCACAGCACCAGAAAAUGUCUGUCCCCUUGACAUGCAUAUUAUUGGAGAUGCUGCAUACAAACUACAUCCAUUUUUAAUGGUCCCAUUCAAGGACAAUGGGCAUUUAACGGAAGAUCAAAUUAAUUUUAAUAAGUGUCUCUCUCGAACUAGAAUGGUUAUUGAGCGAGCCUUCGGAUUACUAAAAGGACGAUUCAGAAGAUUGUUGUAUCUUUACUUGCAAAAUGUAGCAUAUGGGUCACUAAUAAUCAUUGCGUGUUGUGUGCUUCACAAUAUUUGUCUCGAUUUGGACGACGAUGUAAAUGAUGAAAUUUUAAAUAACAUUGACGAACAAAGAGCUCAAAACAUUGUCAAUGACUUACAUGAUCAAGAUGAUGUCUAUAAUGCGACUGCCCUUCAAAAGAGAAGAAAUAUAGUGAAUAUGCUCAUGCAAGAGGAGAUUAGAAAUCAAUAA